AUGCGAACUUUGGAGCCUUCAACACUUAACUUUGGUAUUUACUUGAUCGCCACGAAUCAAAGCACUUGGACUGAUGCUUUAAUGCUUUUCGACUUUGCUGAAUACCUGCGAAAGAAUAUAAAGCUGGUUUACAUGGUCAAUUUUUUAAAAAAUAAUCAUAACUCGGCUGACCUAGCAUUUGUUGCAAAAUUUGAACCACUUUUGAACGUUAAGCGAAGAGUCAAAGUCGAUGAUGAGUCAAAGUGUGCAGAUGCAAAUUUGUCAGUUCAGCGUUGCGAACGGAUCGUGAAUCCGACUUUUGAUUCUGGCACCACUUCUACCUCGGUGAGCUCGAAACUGCUAAAUAGAAUUAAGCAGUGA